CGAUGGAGCGGCCGCAAGUCUCACCGUCCGAGGUCACGAUGAUCGGGAGCGUCCAGCACAUGGUAACUCCUGCCGGCAGCACACGGGGCGCUCCGGGCUCGGGGUGGCCGUCUCUGACUCUCACGCGUGUUUCUGCCACUUUGCAGAUCUCCCUGCUGAUCCUGCACGAGCUCCUCGCCGCCGCCACCAGUGGCUCCAGGUGUCUCACCAACGACCAGGUGAAGGCGCAAGAGGACAGGUUUGAACCCUACGUGAAGAAGCUCGACCAUCAGCGCGACGUCCUCGAGCAGCAGAAGCAACACCUGGCCACGUGCGGACAGGCAGCCCGGGAAAUGCACGCGCUGAGCGGCCGCGCGCUGUCCCCGUGGAUGUACUAUGUAGACCACGAUGACAGCAGGUAUCCACCUGACAUCACCUUUGCCAAGUGCCUUUGUACGGGAUGCAUCACCAACGGGAGUGAAGACCAUAGCUACAACUCUGUGCCUCUCAUGGCUCCGCAGCUGGUCCUGAUAAAGACCAAGUGCAAGGACGGCCCAAACACAUACCGGGUCAAAAAGACGCGCAUCGAUGUCCCCGUGGGCUGCACCUGUGCAAGACCCAGAAGUGGUAACUGAUCUUAGAAACUGAGCAUACACUCACACUGAAGCCCAUUUUACAGCUUUGCUACAGCUUCAGUCACACUGUAAAAACUGUGAUAAAUGUUCUUACAGUGUGACUGUGAUAAAUGUUCUUACAGUCACACUGUAAGAACAUUUAUCACAGUUUUCUGUCUGCAUGUGAACAUGUUUUCUGUAAGUCAGAACUUCUGUCAGAUUUAUGGAGGGAAGGUAGAGUUUCUGUCCUCGAGCUGUCAGUCCACACCAAAAUAUCUCACCAACUAUCAGACAGAUUACCAUGAAAUUUUCUCCAGGCCUGUUUUGGUCAUUCCUCUGACAACCUCAGGUAUUUUAAAGUUUUUAGAUCAUGUCUGUCUGCCUGUUCAGACAUGAUCAAUUCUUUUAUUACGAAUUCUAGUAAAAAAUAAAUAAAUAAGCCUUUGGUGAUAGGAGAGGACAUUAAUAAGGUUAAUCUAGUUAUUUGAUCAGGUAGAUAUAGAUAUAAUAUAGAUAUACUAUAGAUAUUAUUUACCUCUGUUGGGUUUGGUUCAGUUAACCCAGUGUAGGAGGUCUAAGCUGUCAUCAAUAAUGCACAGCAACCUGAAGCUCUGAGAUGAUGGACACUCUACGGAGGGCGGCCGACCUUACGUCCCCGUGAUCGAACAAUCGGGAGUUUUAAUCCGUAAACACGACCAAAACAAAACCACAGACAGACACAAAGGCUGCACGUCCCCAGAGAGCCUCAGACCUUUUAUGCAGUUUGCUAACAAAACACUGUUAUCAGCUGCUGCUGUGUCGCUCUGUGCAGGUACAUAUCAAACUUAUUUAAUAUAGCACUUUAUCUCUGACUGCUGUUAACUGACAGCACUUCAGGUGCAUAUUUCAGCACUUUCUCUGUCCUGGUUCAGAUGCUGAUUUACAAGUGAGAAAUUGGUCGUGGUAACAUUUGUGUUUUAAAGAUCGUAGAGUUUAUUGGGUUACUUAAAUCAGGCAGGACUGCAGUCAGUCAGUUUUUUAAACAUAUUUCUUAGAAUAACUGAAGACUGCAGAGACAUCUGAAAGCACCACGUUUCCUCCGUUCAGUAACCGUCUAACCAACACUCCAGAAACUCAGCUUAUUGUACCCUGAUAGAGAAAACAGUUCCAUUUCUCUCCCUAUUUAUUUAACGUACACAUUUUAUGUUGAACAGCGUGUUUUGAAAAAGAGGAUGUGUUGAUCCUCUCUUUGUGUGACUUUUUUUUUUGUUGGUCGGAUAAUGGCCGUUUCCUCUAUCAGAAAGAAAAGUUUUGUUCCUGACAGAACCCUGUGGUCAUUUUCCAGUCUCUGCUAAGCUAACAGCUAAUGCUUAAUGCAAUGGCUAGCUAACCUAUGAGCAUGCUGGUGUUAAUUAGCAGUAAAAACAUCUAAAAUAUUAUUUGAACUUGUUUUAAAGUCACUCUGAGUGAUAUUUAAGCUCAUAACAAUGUAAUGCAGCAUAUAUGGUUCUGCGUUUUGUUUAAAAACGGUGCUAACAGCGCUGUUACUAUAGCGGCACGUGUUGUGUGCUGUGAGGCUUAAUCUUAAUCUUAAAUUGGUUUCUGGUUCAAGAAAUGAUUUACUUUGAAAAUUUUAAACCAUUUCAUUUUAUUACCUGCCAGGUAAAAUAAUAGGGGGAUUUUAUUUAAUUUAAUGAAGUAAAGUGGAUAAUUGGCUAAAAUUCAUUCAAUGAAUUCAUAAUUUCAUAGUCGAUAAGUCAAUAAAUAGGAAAAAACAGAAAAUCAUAUUGUUUAUUUACAUGGGCUCAAACCAAUUUAAUGUAUUGGAGUUAUUUUGAGUUAGAAAGAAACAAUGCAUUAAAUGAAUGCUGUGUACCUUAUGCAUACUGUAACAAUUAUGGAAAGAUGAUGUAUUAAUGAGCUAUAGUCAAAACAAAGGAUUAUAGAUCAUUUGGAUUAAUCAUUAGUCGUAUACAAUAAUACUGUUAUUGUUAUCCAGGCUAGGUUUCGUUCAGAAACCUCUGGAUGGACUGGACGGAGUUCUCCCUGAAUGGAGAUGACAAGCCUUAGCCCAGAACUGCAGUCCUGAACGGAGAACAGCAUCUGUCUCUUCAGUAUUGAUCCAACAUCGUGGUAACCACUCCGUUACCACUAGACCCAGAACAACACCUGACUAAAGAGAAACUGAAUAGUACAAGACGACUAAAAGGACUGCGGUUAUUGAAAUGAAUGUAAACACACUGAAUGUGAACUUUAGAAUACGGGUUGCUACGUUCAAGUCCGUUUUUAUUUUAUCUCUUUUUUUCUUUUUAAAAUGAUGUUUAUUCUAGCUCAUUUCCUGGCUCCAGCUAUCAUCACUCUUACCUCGCAAUGCCUCUUCCAACACCUAGAUGCAUGCCUAUAACUCUUACUACUGAGGCCCUAGUCUCGAGUCAAGGGUCACAUUAUCAUAUCAGCACUACUAACAUGCUUCUUCCUCACACAGUUAAAACUGUGAGACCUGCAGGUUUACUUCUGAAGCACAGAGAUUUCACCAAAGGCAUUAAGAGAUGCUUUCACACUGUAGUAUUUAUUUUAUUUUAUUUUAUUUUAUUUGAACAGAUUAAUGUGAAAAAUGACUAAAGCGGAUUGCCUUUAUAGCUUCACUUUAUACCAGAAGGGCUGGAAGCUCAGAGUGAACCGAUAAUGAACAGUUCAACAUUUGGGGAAAUUAAGGCCAGGAGGUCUCAGCUUAGCUUAGCAUGAAGCCUUGAGUAUGAAUGCAAUGAUGAAUCCAAAGCAAAAAAGCUCUUAAGCAUUUAGUCUGUUUUUAUUUACGACUAAAGAAGUGGUGGGUGAUUAAAAAAUGACCUCCCUUCAUUUGUAUUGUACCCGAGGGAAUGAGGGAAUAAUAACUGCAGUUACAAAAGUAACCAAUCAGCUGAUACUGUAAGAUACUGAACCCUAAGUUGCUCUCCGGUGCAGUAUGAAUGCGUGAAUGAGGCAUGUUGCAUAAAGUGCUUUGAGUACUCAACACAGAGUAGAAAACCACUAUAUUACCAUUUACUGUUUCAUGUGCAGUAACACCACCAUGUAAAUGUACUGAGUUUAUUAAAUAAGCAUCCAUAAUGAUUUUCAGGACAUGCCUUAGAAAAUAUAUAUUUUUAAAAGAUUGUCUAAUGUUAGAUUUGAGAUGAAAGCAGAGCAGUAUAAAGCUCAUUAGUUCUCUGACCUGCGGUGUAAGCUAAGAGCAAGAAGGUCAAAAUCCUCUAAAUUCAUUUGGACCCACACACUCGCGCUGCGAGCGAAUAAAGGGACAGACGUUAGUGAUGCUGGGCUAAGCGAGCACCUUUCCUGGCUCCACAUUUAGCAGACCGAUGUGAGAGCGAUCCCAGCACCCGCAAACUGUGAAUAAAUCAGUGUUUAAAACAGGACAGUAUUAGGCACAUGCACAUUUUGUAGAAGUUGCACAAAAAUUGCCCUUAAAAACACUAAAAAGUGAAGAGCAGACUCCCUGUGAAGAAGAGUGUUUUUGUGUGUUUCAGUAUAUUUGUUUGAGAUAUUAAAUGUUUUUAUUUAUUU